GAUGCAGUAACCUAUGAUGAUGUGCACAUCAGCUUCACUCAGGAAGAGUGGGCUUUGCUGAAUCCUUCCCAGAAAAGUCUCUUCAAGGAUGUGAUGCUGGAGAUGUACUUGAACUUCUCUGCCAUAGGAUACAGGUGGGAAGAUCAUAAUACUGAUGAACACUGUCAAAAUUCUACAAGACAUAGAAGGCAUCUUCAAAGGCAUGAAAAAAUUCAUACUGGAGAGAAACCAUAUGAAAGUUUCCAGUAUGGUGAAGUCUUUGCAGGUCACAGUUGUCUACAACUCCAUAAAAGAACACAUACUGGAGGGAAAACCCAUGAAUGUAAUCAAUGUGGUAAAACCUUUGCAAGUCAUGGUGAGUUUAAAAGUCAUAUAAGAACACACACUGGAGAGAAACCUUAUGAAUGUAAUCAAUGUUCUAAAGCCUUUGCAAGUCCUGGUGUGCUUGAAACAUAUAUAAGAAAACAUACUGGAGGGAGACCUUUUGAAUGUGAUCAAUGUUGUAAGGCAUUUGCAAGGAAAGAUAAUCUUCAAAGACAUAAAAGAUUGCACACAGGAGAGAAACCCUAUGAAUGUGCUCAAUGUGGUAAAGCUUUUGCAAGCCAGAGUGAUCUUCAAGUACAUCAAAGAACACACACUGGAGAGAGACCCUACAACUGCAAUCCAUGGGGUAAAACUUAUUCACAGCUCAGUCCUCUCCAAGUACAUCAAAGAACACACACUGGAGAGAAACCCUAUGAAUGUAAUCACUGUGGUAAAGCCUAUGCAAGUCAUAGUGAGAUUAGAAGACAUAAAAGAACACACACUGGAGAGAAACCCUAUCAAUGUAAUCAAUGUGGGAAAGCAUUUUUACAACACUGUAAACUCCAAAUACAUAAAAGAACUCAUAUGGGAGAGAUACCCUAUGCAUGUAUAAGUGUGGUAAAAUCUUUUCAUAUGAUAGUGGUUUGAAAGCACAUGAAAUAACACAUACAGCAGAGAGACCCUAUGGAUGUAAUCAGUGUGGUAAAGCUUUUGCACAGCACACCACUCUUGCAAAUCAUAAAAGAACACAUACUGGACAGAAACCAUAUGAAUGCAUUCAAUGUGUUAAAGCCUUUUUACACACCAGUGGUCUCACAUAUCAUAAAAGAACACACACUGGAGAGAAACCCUAUGAAUGUAAUCAAUGUAGUAAAGACUAUUCACACAUCAGGAGUCUUCAAUAUCACAAAAGAACACAUGCCGGAGACCUGACCUUAUGAAUGAAACCAAUGUGGUAAAACCUUUGUAAGAUAUCAUACUUCAGAGAAAUCCUAUAAUUGCAAGCAGUGUGGUAAAGCUGUGUACUCUGCAUAACUCAAUAUUCUGUGAGGUCCUGAAAAAUUUUAAUAUGGAAGGAAAUAUUGGCAUAAAGGAUUUGUUAAAAUCUUCACUGAACACACAUUUGGUUAUACAAGCUUCUGGAGGGAAAAAAUCUAACAAAGGUCAACAAUCUGCUCAAGCACUGUGAUGUCUCUAUUGUGCUUGCACCUGUCAACUCAUGUGUACAAAAGUCCUAUGAAUUCACUGAUAAGGUAACCCUUUAUAUUUCACAAUUUUCUUUAAUUACAUAAAAACCUCAUUGUGAUCAGUCUAUUGCUCUAAAUUCAAUCUUACAUGCUUAGUUCUAUUUCAUGGACCAAAUCAUGAUGAAGGAAAACUGUUAGGACUUUAACUGUCUCAACAGCUGUGUUACAGGAAUGAGUGCCUGCAAGAGAAAAUAUUCAUGUGUGGACAUCUGUUUGCUUAGAGAUUUGAUCUGAUUUUAAUUGUGUAAUGUC